UUUUUCGAAGAUGGUUCAUUAAAAAACGUCUGCGCGAGCUCUUCUAGGUGCAAACCUCUUACUGGUUCAGCACUUAAUAGUUCAGACCUCUUACUGAUUAAGCACUUAACCAUUCAGAAAUUGUAAAACAACCCCUUAACCUUUCUACAUUUGAAUUUCAUUCACUAACUUUCCAAAACCAUAUUUAAUACAACGUAUCGUUUAAACUAAUUCCAUUUCCAUGGAUUUUUAUUAUGCAACCAAACAACCCCAUGGCUUCAAUCUUUAACUAAUUCUCCUUUUCAAAUUCAAUUUCAUAUUCACGUUUCAACAACCAAAACUUUGGUAGUAGAGCGAUACAUUCUUCAUUUCAUUUUCUAAAGUGAACACAGGUAGUGAAAAAUCAAAUAUGAAAAUAAUGUCGAACGUCCGAUGAGUAAUGUGGGUACUAAAGAGCUUGUAGCCUAUUGGUAUCAAACUGUGAUCAAAAGGUAUCUCUUCGUGAGGUUAAGCAUUCAAGUCUAAUAUUCAACAAAUCUGUAAAUUCGUAAGUAGAUUUAAAUGGUGUGUGUUAGCCGUACUAAAAAAACUAAAAAAAAAGGUAAUUUGAAGAUUGUUGGAGUUGGAAAUGUAGGGGUGUACACGACUAGGUUGGGUUCGAUUAUUAGCAUAAACGAAACUAAAACCGAAGUCACCAGUUAAUCUAUAUUUACCAACCAACAACUUUUUGGUUAAUCGGUUCAUAUUUUUUAAUUAAUUUGUCAUUUUUCGAUUCAGUUCGGUUAAUUUUGAUUGAAAUCGAAAAUCAAACUUGGGCUAACUUUUUUUGCUUAGAAAUACAUGUAAGGGAGGUAUAAAUACAUAAAAUGGAUGUAUAAAUACAUGAAUUGGAAUUAUAAAUAAAUGGAAUAGAGGUAUAAAUGCUAAAAGGGCUUGGUAACCAAACAAGACGGACCACUGGAGUAUGAUCGUGUCACGAGCGGAACCACCCGAUGGAAACCCAAUAAAUUUGAGAAAAACCCUUUUGUGGGAAUCGAACCCAAGACCAAUUAGUCUUAAAGCCUUAUCCAAUCUCUAAAAUGCCACUAGGCUAUAAAACGAUCGAUAUGAUGUAUUAAUUGGAUAUAUAUCUUUUUUUUUUUUUUGAACGACCAACAAAUCAAUUCCGAGCACUCUCGGGACACCCACUGGACAAACGGAGUAAUCCGAGAGUAACCCGAGUCGUCCACCACCAAUUACGGGGAAAACCCAGUAACCCACCCGCCCGUAGGCACGACGGUAAAUUACCGGUAAAACCCUUUUGACUCAAGGAUCGAACCUAGGUUUUCUUGGGUCUUCUAUCACUGCCCAUCAAUACCUCAUUUUUUUUCCCAAAUAAGAAUUGAACUUGAGUCUUCAAAGAAGUACUCAAGUACCCAACCACUUGAGCUAGAGGUAAUUCGCAUUAAUUGGAUAUACAUCCAAAGUAAAAUAAAUACAAGACGGUAAGACACACAUGAAAAUGAGUUGAAGAAAAAUAAAUAAACCGUGAUUGAUGAUGGCGGCUGUAAAAAGAAAUAUCCCCGAGUGGUUGAGUGGUUUAGAUCAGAGAUCUGAAAGUCAGAGAUACUCCCCUGUUUGUCUUCUUCAUUAAAUACUUUAUCCCCCCACAUCAUGCUCCCCCACUACUGCCCUUCAGUCCUCCUUCAAUACAACACCCAUUUCACUUCUCAUCAUCAAGAUUGAUCAACAUGGCGGCCAAUCUUGGAUCCAUGUCACGCAAUUUUGCAGAUAAAAGCAAAGAAAGAUUGUUAUCUCGAAAAGGGUAUUCGGAAUUAGGCUUCUUUUCUGAAUCUUAUAUCAACGAAAAUGUUUCGGUUCUUGAUCGGAUCAAGAAAUGGUGGGCGGGUGUUGAACUGUUUCUUGUUAAUGUUUUUGAAAUGGGUCGGGCCGAUCCAAGACAGGUUAUCUUUGCUGCUAAAUCUGGCCUGGCACUUGCUAUCGUUUCUGUACUUAUAUUCUUUAAAGAGCCCUUGAAUUAUAUGAGCCAGUAUUCCAUCUGGGGUAUCUUAACUGUCAUCGUUGUCUUCGAGUUCAGCGUAGGAGCAACACUUAGCAAAGGGUUUAAUCGUGCUUUGGGGACGUUUUCGGCUGGCAUUCUUGCAUUGGGUAUUGCUCAGAUAUCUCUGUGGGCUGGCCGAUGGCAAGAGGUUGUGAUUGUGGUCAGCAUCUUUAUGGCAGGUUCUAUUUCAAGUUACGUGAAACUGUACCCGUCAAUGAAGGCGUAUGAAUAUGGGUUCAGGGUCUUUAUGUUGACCUUUUGUAUAGUACUUGUGUCGGGUACUUCACAUUUCGUUCAAACGGCAGUAUCGCGGUUGUUGUUAAUUGCAGUUGGUGCUGGCGUGUGUUUAGUUGUAAAUAUAUGUGUCUAUCCAAUUUGGGCUGGUGAAGAUCUCCAUAAAUUGGUUGUUAAGAAUUUUAGGGGCGUUGCGACUUCCUUAGAAGGUUGUGUUAAUAAUUACCUUCAGCAUUUUGGAUACGAAAGGAUACCUUCAAAAAUACUUGUAUAUCAAGCGUCCGAUGACCCUCUUUAUAGCGGAUAUAGAUCAGCAGUACAGUCAACAAGUCAAGAAGAUGCUCUCAUGGGGUUUGCGGUUUGGGAACCGCCACAUGGGCGUUAUAAAAUGUUAAACUAUCCUUGGAGUAAUUAUGUGAAAGUUAGCGGUGCACUUAGGCAUUGUGCUUUUAUGGUCAUGGCAAUGCAUGGUUGUAUACUUGCAGAAAUUCAGGCACCAGCUGAACUAAGAAACAUGUUCAAAAACGAGAUCCAAAAAGUAGGUGCGGAAGGAGCAAGAAUAUUACGCGAGUUAGGAAACAAAGUAGAAAAACUAGAGAAACUAAGCCCUGAUGUAGACUUGCUUGAAAAAGUGCACGAGGCUGCAGAAGAACUACAAAUGAUGAUUGACCAAAAGUCAUACCACUUGGUCAACUCUGAGAAAUGGGCAGCUGGAAGACAGCCAAAAGAUUUUGAAGAUGCUGAACGUCUUCAAGAACUCAAAGAAGAAGAGAUUAAACCGAAUGUCAUCAGUUCUUUAAGUGAAGCAAAUUUAAAACCACCACUUCCCAGUAAAACCCUUGACCGCCACAUCAGCACUCUGUCAAACCACCCUUCACUGGUGCACUGGGGUUCAUCUGAAGAUAUGCUGAAGCAACAAACACAUUGGCCUUCUAGAUUAUCGGUUCUUGGUGAGACAAUUUUAAACGUGCGUGAAGUGAAAACUUAUGAAAGCGCGAGUGCUUUAUCACUUGCUACUUUUACUUCUUUGUUGAUUGAAUUUGUUGCAAGACUUCAGAAUCUUGUGAGCGCGUUUGAAGAGCUUAGUGAGAAGGCUAAGUUUUCUGAACCUGUGAAUAUACUUGAAGCCAAAGAGGAGGUUAGUGUUUGGACAAGACUCCUCAAGUGCAUUGGGAUCAAGUGAUUGUCUGGUUUUUUAAAGUUGUAUUGCUUGUGACGGUUGUUUUCUGGUUUUUUUGUUGUUUGUUUAGUUAUUUAUAUCAUCCAUUCGGUUGUUAUAGAGAUGGAGAUAACAUGAAGAGAAAUAAACGUUCUUUGUAUAUUAAAGUGCGAUUGCGUUCUUGAAAACGAUAAAGGUUAUUGUGUCGAAAAUGGCACUCAUAGCUGCAAAUUUUUUUGCAA